AUGGCUCAUUCAUGCCUGAUUGGAAGAGAGCUGAACCUUCUAAAUGUUCCAGAACAAACAGCAGGCUUAGCAUGUCUGGAUCUGGGGAAGAAGGUCAUUGUUCCUCAAGGCCUAAUGAUGGAGGAGCUCAAACUGUUGUCCAACAAAGUAUCUAGAAUGUUUCAGGAAAAACUUAAAAGAUUGGAGAUGUUCAUUUUGGAAAAUUGUGUGUGUGUUUGUGAUGUUUCACUAAAAUAUAAUACCUUGCUCCUCUGGUUUGUGCAGAAGAGCCGAAACCCGGCCAUUACAGCGGGUAGUUCAGUGUUGUGGCAGGAGGGACACAACUUCUGGUUCCCUCUAUCAGGGUACAGGGUGUCCUUUGAAAAAGACACAGCGGAGACCACACCCUUCCCGGGCAAUUGUGUGGAAAUAUGUCACAUGGUCUUACCGAGUCUUGUCAUGGCGACCGGUGGAAGUGGGGACGCUGUGAAGACACGGGUCUACCAUCAGGGAGACCCUCUUAGACUAACCUCUUCAAGGCCAGAACACCACAAAAGAGGACAUGGAAGAGAGCACCUCACUUCUGAAGUCUACAUCCCACAGCCUGGAAAGAACACCCUGGUCACCACACUCAAACACACAGUAGCGAAGAAAAGAAACCCAAGUUUGCUUGCACCAGGUUACGGUAGGCCUUUGAGAGAGGUUCCUCCUGAGAAGUUCAAUGUCACCGAGAUCCCAAAGUCUUAUCAAUCACCCUGGGAGAAAGAGCCCAUUGAAAGCAGGAUGCUACUGGCUAAUAUCAGCGUUCUGCCUGCCUGAGCAACCUUACAAACUCACCCAUGUACAAAAAUACUGCACCCACAGAUCUGUGGCCUACCAGUUAGCACACAUCCUCUAGACAUGUUAAGUUCAAGUCUAGCUUCAAUUUAGAAACAACAUGAAUGAAUGGUAACACAGCUGAUGAAACAAUAUACAAUUUCUGCACCACUAGCGUCAUCAAACAGAAUUGCAAAAUGAAUGUUUUUAAACACAUUUCCUCAAGACUCCCCCCAUCUGCUAUUGGUCGAACAAACAUUUAAUCCCACUACCCAUGUACACAAUUAGUUGAACCUGUGUUGCUGUGCUGGGGGAUGCUCAAAUGUGAGUUGCUUUUUUUUUUUAAAGUUGUUUCUUCAAAUUAAGAUGGGCUCGAAUGAAGUAUCUGACAAUCAAAAAUUACACACUUAAUCUUUAAACCAAUUAACGCCUCUUUGCAUGUCUGGCACAGGAAUUCUACCUACUAUAAACUGCCAGUUUUAAGGUUAGGCCUUAACGUGGAAUUUGCGGCUUAGGUUAUAAAACCCUCGCUCUUAUCCCGGCUUAUGUAUCAGUGUGUGGGGGAACAAAACAAGACAGACAGUUCCACUUAACAAUUAUGUAAAUUCAGACUUUUCUUUGGCAAUGAAAUGGAACAAAAUAAAUAAAAAAACAAUCAUUAUCAUUCUAUACAGAACUGCUAUGCUGUUUGGUGGGACAGCAAGAACUGUGAGGACUCUGCCACUACCUGGCUUUGAGUAGCUGCAAGCUCACACCAAGCCAAUAUGUGAGGGAUAAACAGCCUGAGCUAUUAAUUUAAAGGACUAGUUCACCCAAAAAUGAAAAUUCUCUCAUAGUUUACUCACCCUCAUGCAUCACAGAUGUGUAUGAGUUUCUUUCAUCUGCUGAACUCAGAGAAAGAUUUUUGAAGAAUUUCUCAGCUCUUUUGAAUUUCUCAGCUCUUACAAUGCAAGAGAAUGGUUGCCAAAAUUUUAAGGCUCCAAAAAUCACAUCAGCAUAUAAGUAAUUCAUAAAAUUCCAGUGGUUAAAUUAAUAUCUUCAGAAGCUAUAUUGAUAGGUGAGGUAACUUUCACAUUCUUCUUGUUUUUCGUGAAUCGAUUUCUUCAUGCAUACCGCCCCCUGCUGUGCAGGUAGAAGAUUUUCAAGCAAAAAAAAGGACUUGCACAUUGAUCUGUUUCUCACCCACACCUAUUAUAACCCUUCCGAAAAUAUGGGUUUAAACACUGGAGUCAAAACAAGUAAAGAAAAGGCAGUCAGUCACACCUGGGAUGGCACUAGGGUGAGUAUUGAUAAGAGAAUCUUAAUUUUUGGGUGAACUAUCCCUUUAAGGUGCGAACUGAGCCAUUGUGAACAAUCAAAUGGCAAAUAAUGUUAAAGUUAAUAUACAGCUCUGGAAAAAAAAAUUAAGAGGCCACUGCAAAAUUAUUGGUUUCUCUGGAUGUACUAUUGAUAGGUAUGUGUUUGAAUAAAAAUGAAAAUGUUUGUUUUUCUAUAAAGUACUGACAACAUUUCUCCCAAAUAAAACUACUGUCAUUUAGAGCAAAUUAUUGCAUCUUCUUUGAUAGUUUGACCAGUUGUAAUUUUCUGCAGUGUUUUCAGACCUUGAAUAAUGCAAAGAAAACUAGUUCAUAUUCAUUUAUAAAAAACACAAUACUAAUGAUUUAACUUGGGAAGAGUUCAGAAAUCAAUAUUUGUGGAAUAACCCUGAUUUUCAAUCACAGCUUUAAUGCAUCUUGCUUGCUCUUUACCAGUCUUUCACAUUGCUGUUGGUUGACUUUAUGCCAUUCCUGGUGCAAAAAUGUAAGCAGCUAAGCUUUGUUUAAUGCCUUGUGGCCAUCCAUUUUCCUCUUUUAUAAAUAUCUUUUUUGAUAUUUUGACCAGUUGUCAUUUUCUGAAAAUAAUCUAAAUUACAAUAUUUUUAUUUGGAAUUUGUUUGAAAUGAUAAUUAAACACAUAUAAUUAUGAUAAUUUUGCAGUGGUCUCUUAAUUUUUUAUUUCCAGAGCCAAAUAUUGUCUUUUAACAUGCUAUGACACUGUUAUGUACUGUUUACUUGCUUACAAAUAAUAAUUACUUAAUUAUGCCACAAUUCAAAAUGUGAAUUGGAUUUAAUGUAACCACAAACCAGACAGCUGUACAUUAGGAAAAAAAAGACAGUUUAGGGCUGCGUUUCCCAAAAGAAUUGCAAGCUUAAGUUUCUUUGAUUCUAUAUUUCUACGAUCUACUUAAGACUAUAUUGCUUAGGAAACACAGCCCAGGACAACACGUUGUUCUUUAUAUUUAUAAAAGCAGAUACAUGCUAAAACAUACAAGGAUGGACACUGGUGCAGAAUGCUAAAUGAACCUUGGAAUAUUUCAGAGGUUUAGGACAAUAAAGUGUCAAAAACUGAAAUUAAGCAUUCAGACUGGUGAAA